AAAAGAAAAAAUUUCAAGCUAUCCCAGCAAAGAUGUCAAGCCAGAAGAAUAUGUGGAUCCAGACAUGUUUUAGAACAUAUUUUUUAAUUAAAAAUAGAAUUGCACUAUUCUUUUGAUGGGCUGGGACAGGUUUAGAUAAGGCCUUUCGGCCCGUCAACCCAUUAAAUGAGUCUGAUAUAGGUGACAUCCAAAUUUCAACUAAUCAUUGGUUUCGGCUUCUCUUGUCAUAUUAGGCCGCUUGAAGUGUCUCUUCAUCUUGUUCUUCCAUUCUUUUUGGUGCUCAAGGGCUUGUAGUUGCAGCUGCAACGCAAAGCAACUUCAUCUUCAUGUGUAUACUUUGCAUGAGUAGAAAUCAAUUAUGCACUUCUCAUGGAUAACUUCAUGUGUUUCAAGUGUAUGCCUCUCCACUUCCAGAUUUUGAUUUCACAUUGCUGGUUGAUCUUCAUAAUUUGCUCAAAACCUCUCCACCUGACACUAUUUCUCGACUCUCGAUAUUCUUCUUUUACACUAGAGGCCAGAGGAAAAUUUUAAAGAAUUGGAUCAUGCAAUGCCAAAACAUGCCUUAUUGAUAAAGACAGGGCAGCCUUUCUAAGAGCAUCUGUCAAGGGCCAUCUAUGGUGGAGUAUACUAAACUACACUUAUUGAUUUCAUCACCUUCACUCCUAACUAAAACACUCUUUCGGGUUUAUAUUUACCUCCAACACAUAUUCAAGUAUCCGUCUUUGUUCAUAGUUUGUUGAAGAGCAGGGAAUUCUUGAUGACGUUCCACAGCUAUAGGACAAGAAAAUGGAGUAUUGGCCAACAAAAAGGUUCCCACUCAGUUCACAAGAUUACAAGCUGUACGAGGAAGUUGGUGAAGGUGUCAGUGCCACAGUGUACAGGGCUCUCUGUAUUCCACUUAACGAAAUUGUUGCUAUAAAGGUUUUGGACUUGGAGAGGUGCAAUAAUGACUUGGACAAUAUUCGUCGAGAAGUACACACCAUGAGCUUGAUAAGUCAUCCAAAUUUGUUGAGGGCACAUUGCUCUUUCAUUUCUGGUAGCAGUCUAUGGAUUGUGAUGCCUUUCAUGGCUGGUGGAUCCUGUUUUCACAUAUUGAAGUCUGUUUGUCCAGAGGGUUUUGAGCAGCCCGUUAUUGCUACUGUGUUGUAUGAAAUACUCAAAGCUCUGGCUUAUCUUCACACCCAAGGACACAUUCAUAGGGAUGUAAAGGCUGGAAAUAUAUUAAUUGACUCUAAGGGUGCAGUUAAGUUGGGAGAUUUCGGAGUUUCAGCAAGUAUAUUUGAUACUGGCGAUAGACAACGUUCAAGAACUACAUUUGUUGGAACUCCAUGCUGGAUGGCUCCUGAAGUGAUGCAGCAAUUGCAUGGAUAUGACUUUAAAGCAGGCAUUUGGUUAUUUGGAAUUACAGCUCUAGAACUUGCUAAUGGUCAUGCUCCAUUUUCCAAGUAUCCACCAAUGAAGGUGUUACUGAUGACCUUACAAAAUGCACCACUUGGUCUCGACUAUGAAAGAGACAAGAAGUUUUCAAAGUCAUUUAAGGAAAUAGUGGCUGCUUGCUUGGUCAAGGAUCCAAAGAAACAUCCCUCCUAAGAGAAGCUUUUGAAGCAUCGUUUCUUUAUGCAUUCACGGUCAAAUGAAUUUUUUGCUCGGACAAUUCUUGAUGGCCUUCUUCCACCUGGAGAUCGUUUUAAGAUGCUGAAGGAGAAAGAUUCUGAAUUCCUAGCACAAAACAAAGCUGUACAUGGGGACAAAGAGCAAUUAUCGCAGCAAGAGUAUAUACGAGGAAUCAGUGAAUGGAAUUUUGAUCUGGAGGAUUUGAAAAAACAGGCUGCUCUUAUUCAGGAUUAUGAUGGCAUUUCAACUGCUAAUCGAGAUUUGAGCAGCAAGCAGGGGGGAUCAGAUAAUUUAGCUGUACUUGGAGAUAGGUUGUCAAUGCAAAGGGAAAAUAAUUCUAAUUUUGAAAAAACAAGCCUCUUGCCAGAGGAUGGCUCAAAAGAGAGAAAUAGUGUUCAAAUUGUUGAGAGUUCACUGGCUUCUUAUCCCGUUUGUCCUCUACAAGCGCUCAACGGCCACUUUGAUAGUCAUCCAGAUAAUGUCAACGGAUAUAGUUUCGAUCUGCAAGGAGCUAACCACUCAAUUAGUGAAGGUUCCAUGUUGGUAUUAUCAUCAAUCAAUGACAAAGGAACUAGAAGCUUUGGAAGUGAUGAUCUGAAGUUUUUUAGCUCUCUACCACGCGAUGUAAAUUCUGAAAGUUCAUCCUUCAGUUGGUCAGUACAAUUAAAGAAUGACGUUCCUCCAAAUAAAGUCAGUUAUGACAGUGAAAUUGAUCAAUUUUUACACCAUCAGAAGAAGGACAACGGUAGUUCUCCAUCUGGUGAUCAGGAUUUUCAAUGCAGCCAGCAGUUCAAAGCCCCAUUGGCAGAUUCCAGUCCAAAGGGUUGUCCAAUGGGGUCAAUUAACUCAUUUGUUGGAGGAUCCAUGAAUUCUAUGACAAGCACAUCUGUUUCAUUAUUAUCCUCGUUGCAGCGAAUAUUGCAGCAGAACACUAUGCAAAGGGAGCAAACUUUAAGAUUGAUAAGAUAUGUGGAUAAUCUAACAGAUUUUAUGAAGGCCACAAGCCGCAAUGAGUACUUGCAGAUGCUUUCUGCUUCUGCAAGGGGAAGGGAACUGCAAUCUCAGAUUAUCAAUAUGCAACUAAGGAUUAGGCAGCUUCUUGACGACUUGCAGGAACAGAAAAAUAAAAAUUCUGAGCUGGAAGGACAAUUAAGCAUUUUGUUCAACAAAGGCUAGGAGCAGCAGACCAUUUUUACGCCUCACCUGCCCCAAAGUAUAAAAAGGAAUCCCCUGCAUGUAUACUCCAUCAUAUUUGUGAGAAGCUACAAAAGGAAAAAAGGGUCGGAAGACCCAAUUUAAGUUUCAACCAUAAGUUUUCCAAUUUUAA